AUGGCAGGCGCGCCCCAGGAUUUUGGCCAGCCCUACGUCCUCGAGGACUUCCUUCCUGUCGAACAACCGACUACUAGCACAUUACUCUGCGCCAUGUGCCACAAAGAAUCCUCGCGCCAGCGCUGUAGCGGAUGCAAGAAUGUCAAGUACUGCUCUACCGACUGCCAAUCGAGCCACUGGGCAACCCACAAACUUCUCUGCAAGGCCUUUGUUGAUACGCAAGAUACACGCCCCAGCCCCAAGAGCCGACGAGCCCUCUACUUCCCGACCGAUGUUGCUCGACCACGCUUCAUCUGGCUCGAAUACAACAUCGAUGGAGCGCCGCUUGAUAUGCAGAAAUGCUUCCCUACUACGCCGAAGGAGGAAAUUAAGACCAUCGGGUUCUACGACCGCUACCUGCCGUAUUGGAUUCAGCUUUCUUAUGAUAGCAACCUGCACAGCCAGCGCAUUCUCAGUAAGAACAUGAGCAUUGGACACGCAUUCCGCGGCCCUGUUGUUGCGCUGGCAUAUGAUCCGGAGUCGGGACUUGGAAAGCCGGCGUUGGAUGUGGAUACUACAAUCCUGGGAGCAUUGAGGGAGUAUGCUAAGCUGAGAGAAGAGUAUCAUGGGCCUAUCUUUGUGGAGCAGCCUCAGCACAGGUAUAGCGAUGAGGAGUGGAAGAAGAUCGUGCGCCCAUAA